UUCUGUGUUUUUGUAUAUUGUCUAUAGUUGAAUGUUUUUUACAUGAAUUAUCUCCAACUUUGUUCUAGGUGUCAAGUUGAAAUGAACAGGAGGUUUCAUAGUAUUAGUUAGAUAUCCGUAUUUGUUAUAUGAUGUUAAAUGUUCACACUCAGCACUGUUGGGUCCUCUUGUGUGUUCACAUGAUCUGGAAAUUAAGCAUCAUUCAGUUGUGCCUAUGAAAUCAGCAUUACAGCAAGGAUAUUUUUAAUAUAUAAGUAAGUAAUAUAUAACCAAACUUUUAAAUACUUUAGGUGUAGGAUCUUUGCUGAAUGUGAAAUAUGAAGUCUUCUUGCAGCUCCAUUUUGUUAUUUUUUAGGAUUUGUUGUCCCAAAUGUCUAGUAAAUGGUAGAUAGUCCAUCUUAGUGUUACUGGAAGGUUUUUUUUAAACAUAAUUUUAUCAUUGUUCAUUGGAUCACAAGACUAAGCCAUGAGGUACUGCUGAGCCCAAGUCACUGUGCCAGUAUACCUGAACUACCUGCGUCUCCCUGAGAAAAAGUAAGAACUGGAUGGGAAAGUCCUGUUUUUGCCAGCCAUUACACUCUGACCUGGUAGAAUGGGGUUUACAGCUACCUUCAACUCACACUAUCACUAACUUUGUUGCUGUGUGAGGCCAAGUUGCUGAGUAGCUGUCUCCUGUUGCCAACAUGCCUGCUGUUGUGUGUUGUUGUUGUUAUUCACGGUGAGAAUCUUUGAGGAAGUUCACAAACUGUAGUCCCUUCUACAUAUAGUAAAGUUUAACAGUUGAUACAAGUGUACCUAUUAAUACAGGCUAUAGGAAAGUGGCUACAGUUUUAAUUGUCUAUGUACAUUUUGUGAUUGUGUGUGACAAUGUCACUGUGUUGGACCUGUCAGUCAUUUUGGGAUUGAUAACAUGUUUAAUCCUGCAUUCUGACUGUUGAUGGUUUGUGAUUGUGUUUACAUUUGGAUCACAGAUUGAGUUAUUAAUGAUUCUUGGGGGUCAAGUGAUGAACUAUGAAACUGAAACAAACUAUACAGGAAGUCCAGUGAGAAGCUCCAUGUAAACUGAAUGUAAACAUGCAGAAAGAACUGGAACUCUGAUCAUCAAAGCAACAAUUCCACUCUGAGCAGGUCUUCAUAUGCAGCAGCAACUGUUCAGACAGAAUCAUUUCAUUUCAGACAUUUCAAUAGGUGACACCCCUUUGAGAGAUAGAAAACUUUGAGCAGUCAGACCACUGAUAGCGACAACAAACGUUGAUCAGAGACGAACUAUAACUGGACCAUGACCUUCAAGCUGACUCUAUCAGCCUUUGGUUACAACAAUUGGGCCAAGCAGCUGGAGGACCGUGAGAAAGAAAACGAGGCUUUGGGCACCCAGGUCGAGAUGUUGAAGGCUCACCUGCAGGGUGCUGAGCAGCACAUAGCCUGUAAGGAGGAGAAGGUUGGCGAGCUCUCUACCAGACUGGAGUCAGAGACUAAAGAGAACAAGUUCCUAUGGAAGCAGGUAGAGCAGCUCACCAACAAUCUCCAAAAAGAGAGGAGCGUGAGCCUGGAGCUGACUGAGCAGUUGCAGCAACAGAAAGGCGCCCUUCAGCAAGAACUUGAGGCAGAGAAAAGGUCUCACGCUGAAAGGGUGAGAGUGGAUCAGGAGCUGAUCCAGAGGCUGAGGGAUGAGCAGGACGAGCUCCCGAAAGAGAGGAAUGUGAGCCUGGAGCUGACUGAGCAGUUGCAGCAACAGAAAGGCGCCCUUCAGCAAGAACUUGAGGCAGAGAAAGGGUCUCACGCUGAAAGGGUGAGAGUGGAUCAGGAGCUGAUCCAGAGGCUGAGGGAUGAGCAGGAUGCCCUCCGUCAAGAGUUGGAGACCCUGGAAACAAAACUGGGGGAUCUGACAUCAACCAAUCUCAAGCUUGCCACCAAGCUCAAGACUGAGGAGGUGGUCAGUCAGGCCCUCCAGAGAGAAUUUUCCCAGCUGAACAAAGAGCUGAAAGAGCAGGAGGAGGAGUUCCUUCCAGAGCCCGAAGUAUUUGAGGAGAAGCUCCCAGAGAAAAAAAAGAGGCGCUCAGUCUGGAAAAGAGUCCGCCACUUUCUCGGUUUGAGGAAGAAGAACGAGAGGCGGGAGAAGGAGUCCACAUCCAACUAAGACCUCUACACCUCAGCGGUUCAGCACCUUCCCACCAUCAACAGCUGUAUGCCGUCUUCAUGUUCCUCCCUGUGUCAGUGUGGGUUUCCUCCAAGUGCUUUGGUUUCCUCCCACACUCUAAAGACACGAAGCUCAAUCAAUCGGUUUUAAAAAGUCAAUAAAAACACUUCAGAAUAAAA